GAUUUAGAAACUGUUUGUCAAGCCAAAGAAAGAGAUUCUUCAAGUAACAACGGGCCUAUAUUGUUGUGUGACAAAUUUGGAAGUUUCCGUCGUGUUCAGUGUAUGGAAGGGGCACCAUAUUGCUGGUGCGUCGAUAAGUAUGGCAAUGAGGUGCCUAGAACAAGAGUCAAAGAUGUUCCUCGAUGCAAUGGACAGGAUGGAUUAACGAUGUGUCAAAAAGAGCGUCAACUUGCUCUAGGUUGGACUGGAGAAGCUGAAGAUGGACAAUAUGUUCCUAAAUGUCGACCAAAUGGUGACUAUAACUUGRUACAGUGUCAUGGAUCCACAGGAUUCUGCUGGUGCGUUAAUAAACUAGGACAAGAAAUAUCAGGAACAAGGACCAAAGGAGAGCCAGUGUGCGUUAUGUUUGGUGACAAGACCUCUUGUGAAGUUGAGCGUUGGCGGUACCUUGGGAGCAUGGGUGUGGCAUUCCCAGGUCGCUAUGUCCCUCAAUGUAAUGACAAGGGUUUCUAUGUACCGCAUCAAUGUCAUCAAAGUACGGGGUAUUGUUGGUGUGUGGAUAGCUAUGGUAGAGAGAUUCCUGACACAAGGAGACCUAGGAAUGGAAAGAUAUAUUAUCUCUCAAAGACCAAGUGUCGCCUGGCAAGAKYCCAAGCUUUAAGAAGACUUUUCAWAAGAGGAAAGGUCGUUUUCAUCCCACAAUGCAACAGCGUCGGUGGAUAUGAUGAAAUCCAAUGCUACAGAGGAGUUUGUUGGUGCGUCAACAACCGCGGUACAAAAAUACCAGGAACGCGUACCAGAGGCAAACCAGACUGUAAAAUKCCAGCUUGYCUGCGAGAGCGAAUGAAUGCCAAUUACCAGAGCAUUCCAGGACGAUUUGYCCCAACUUGUAGACAAGAUGGAAGCUAUGAACCCAUGCAGUGCCACUCCGCUAAUGGAUAUUGUUGGUGCGCGGACAAAUUUGGUCGUGAGAUCCCGGAAACUAGAGUUCGUGGAAAAGCAAUAUGUGGAGUAAAAGACGGUUCGUUGACUUCCUGUCAAAGACAAARAAAACAAGCUCUCAGAAGAUUCGGUCGAGGAGUAUUUAUCCCAAGGUGUAGUCCAGAUGGCAGYUUUGCACCAGUCCAAUGCCGCAAGUCGUCUUGUUAUUGCGUUACUAAGGAUGGCCAGGAAAUUCCUGGUACAAAGACCAAGGCACCACUCAAGCCUUACUGCAAUGGACGUGAUCCACAGAAAGCUAUACURGCUCAAGGUGACAACAACUGCCUUAAGAGAUACCAAUUUGCAUUAGAAAACUUUGCAAUAAGUAGAUUUAUACCCCAGUGCCGUGUGGAUGGUAGUUAUGCUCCAGUACAGUGCAACGAGGGCUGGUACUCAUGCUGGUGYGUUGAUACUCGCAAUGGGAACGAACUAGAAGGAACAAGAACAACAGGRUGGCCYUCGUGUGCCGAAAAAGAUGUUCCUGAAAAGGUAACGAAAUGUCAAGUGGAAUACAAAGAUGCUCUUAAAGGAUACAUAUUUGGACGAUACGUGCCUCGGUGUCAGCCGGACGGCAAGUACGAACCGAUGCAGUGYCACAGUUCACUUUGUUUCUGUGUGAACGAAUACGGCGUGGAGAUCGUCGGUACAAGAGAACCGGGCCUGGAACCACUUAAAUGCAAGGCAAUUGUUUCCUUAACAGCAUGUCAAAGCCAUUUCCAGAGAACCAUCAGUAACUACGCCCUUGGAUCGUAUGUCCCUCGAUGUAUGCCUGAUGGUAGCUACGCCCUCGUUCAGUGUGACCCAAGCCAYUACUGUUGGUGUGUGGACAAGAAAGGAAGUGAAGUACUGGGUACAAGGACAAAAGGAUGGCCUUCUUGUGGGGCAAAGGAAGCUGAACCGAUAUCAGAAUGYCACAAAGAGUUCAAGACUAAACACGUGUCUCUUGAUUCGUGCCCACCGGUUUGCAAGCCGGAUGGACACUUCUACCCUAUGCAGUGUCAAGCAGGAGCGUGCUUCUGUGUAACCAAGAAAGGAAAAGAAAUUAAGGGGACGGCGAAGCAAUUGCCACGACUGCCAACAUGUAUGGAACAAGGUCAAAUGCUAUCUCCAUGUCAACGUCAGCGUGCAAUGGCUGUUCAGCGGCACGUGGUAAGCCGAUACAUACCGAGCUGUAAUCCCGAUGGUACGUUCGCUAAGGUUCAAUGUGAUCGUGGUUGGUCUUGCUGGUGUGCUGACCAGGAUGGCAAUGAAUUACCAGGAACUCGAAGAGCUGGUUGGCCAGACUGUGGCGCUCAAAUCAGCAAGCUUGGACUAUGUCGACGUCUGUUCCUGCAGUCUUUAAAGCAUCUCGUCCCAGGCCGUUUCAGACCUCGAUGUAAAGCUGAUGGUAGUUUUGAUCCUGUUCAAUGUUAUGGCUCGGUUUGCAUGUGUGUUGACAAGUAUGGUGUAGAAAUCCCCGGUACCACAAAACCACGAAUCAUGCAACCAGACUGUUCACCUUAUGGUUGGACAUUAAYGCCUUGCCAGCGACAUUUCCAACACGCGGUACGAUUCGGUUCUAAGAACUACUUUGUACCAACGUGUAAUCUCAGAGGAUCCUAUGAACCAGUUCAGUGCUACAGAAACAUUUGCUUUUGUGUUGAUGAAAACGGUCUUGAAAUCAAAGGAACAAGGACUACAUUACCUGCCAARCCUACUUGCUCUAAACAGGUCUCCAGGGAGAAUUCCUCACCAUGUCUUAAAGAACUUGAUAAAGCUUCCAAGAGUACAGACAUCAACACAUUCAUACCKCGUUGUCAAGACGAUGGGUCGUACCACAAUAUWCAGUGYCGAGGGUUAGCUUGCUACUGUACUGAUAACGAAGGCAAUACUGUCAAGAGAACUAAAACUCCAAGACCAUAUCGAUGCCACAAAUUCGACUGCUCUUCUAAACCAUACUCUAAAUGCAAAGUACUGGAUGACAAGGCUGUCUGCGCAUGCCCUGAAAAGUGUCCAGACAAGGUAGAUCUGGUCUGUGGAUCUGACGGCGUCACGUACGACAAUGAAUGUAAGAUGAGACAAGCUGCUUGCAUGAAAGAAAAGAUGAUAACAGUUGCAAGAAAAGGACAUUGUAGUAUGUAA